CAUCUUUGUUCUACGUGUUAAAGAAAAGUGAGUAGCAACACAUUUUGAAAACCUGUACUAGUGCACUAGACGUCGGACCUCUAGCAAUACAAUGAUGCUUCAUCAUAUGCUCUUUGUAUUUCUGUCAAUUAUCCUUUCCUUGGGUUGUGUGGACACUUAUCAGAUCCAGACCUUCGACAACAGCACAUUUUACCACCCUAAAUGGUCGUUUGCUGAUGGUAAAACAAAUUACCCAAUCCCUUACUAUGGGGAAAUUCGAUUUCCAAUGUACGACGGGAAAGAGGUUAUCAUUGAAGGAGUGACAACGUCUUCAACGAAAAGGUUCAUAGUUGAGUUGUGUCCGAGAGCCGACUGCAAAACUGACAAACAAAUGCAAAUUGCUGUUUGGAAGAACAGCGGAAACAUUCGAAUUAGUUCUAAAAGAAACUACAUAUGGGGACAGGAGUUCCAGUUUAAUUCAACUACAGUUAAGAACCGAUCUGAGGUUAAGAUAAAACUCAUAAUACAUGACUCCAAGAUUAAGAUUUACGUAAACGACGAUUUCCUUACAGACUUGAGUCUACGAGGUGUAACCAAAGAAACAAUUAAAUACGUAUCAGUGCGAGAGGGUAUUUUUGUGGAAUGGAUACUAUACAGUGUAUGUAUCUAG